UAAAAUCGCCCCCUACUCUCUUCUCUCUCUCACCCUCUCUUAAAGCCGUCGCCGCUCCACCACUACCACCACCAUGCGCCGCCACCGGUGGUGGUCCAAUAGGCCCCAUGUUUUCAUCCUAUGCCCUCCUUAACCCCCUCUUUCUGAAUCUCCAAGCUAAAUUCCUUAAAAACCCCUCAAAACCCACGAAUUUUAGAUCUAGGAAACCCUAGCCGCCACCUUUUUGACCAAAUUCGUGAAACUCCGGCCACCACUACCCUACAAUACCAAUAUCAACGGAUAGGGUUCUUUAAGACCUACCUAUUGAUGUCAAUUUCACCUCGAAAAUCCGGCGAUGAAGAUCCGGCGACCUCCCCACUACCGAUCCACCGCCGUCGCUGCCACCCCUCAACCACCACUGCCUCUUGCCUCUCGUUUCUCCUUUCAAACCGGCCUCGAGCAAGGUUGUGUUGUUGAUAUCAUUGAAAUAGGACUCAGAUUCGCCGGAGUUCUUGGUUUCGAUGAAUAUCAACAAUCGAAGCUUGCUCGAACCGAGCAACUGCCAAUUCUGUCGUGCUACCGCUACUGCCCGAAUGUUUGAAGUUGGGUAAGAUAUGAAUUCAGUAAGUGGAAGACCCAAUAAAAAUCCAAAAGAUGAUGAGCCCUUGCAGAUUUGGCUCAUACAUAAAACACCCCGGUUGCAAAGGCAAUGGUGGAAAAAUAUGGGCAUUUGUGAGUAGAAAAAGAUAAAGGAUCAUCUGGGUCACUUUGUGAAUAUUAUGGAGAUAAAUCCAAAGAGGGACUUAAUCGAGGCAUUGGUGCAUUUCUGGGAUCCUAUUAACAACGUAUUCCAUUUUAAUGGUUUCAAAAUGACUCCCACUUUGGAGGAGUAAGAUGGAUACACAAGGUUAGGUGAUGAGCUUUGGAAGAAGAGACCCUUGGCCCCAAGGGAUGUAACUGGCAGUAAGUUCCUUGAGCAGACGACAAUCAGCCAAAAUAAAAUAGCACUGUGGAACGAGGGCACGUUUGAUUGGAUUUCUUGUACGACAGGUAUGGAUGUCCAGGUGGAUUUCAAAGCAUGGAAAGAGCUUGAUACUAAAGUUGGAUAUAAAGCUUGGCAAAACCAUGGCGGAAAGCAUUCCUAGUGGCAUUUCUAGGGACAAUGGUUUUCCCGAGGCAUGAUAAAAAUGUUGAUAUUCGAUUAUUUGGCAUAGUCACCACUUUAUUACAUGGAAAGGACGUCACUAUCAUUCCAAUGAUAUUGUGCGAUAUUUACCGUGCCUUGACCAAGUGUCGGGAAGGAAAUGAUUUCUUUGAGGGCUGUAACAUCAUACUCCAAAUAUGUUUUUAGAGCACCUUCUCAGUCAUCCCGCACGGGUAAAUUUUAGAGUUCAUAGGAGCAACAAUGAGCUUGGAGAUGGGUUUGAAGAUUUGACUGAAAAUAGUAGUUUCCCCAGGGGAGUCAAAGCAUGGAGAGGGCAUCUUCAAAAGUUGACCGCUACUAAAAUCACAUGGAACUACCACUGGUUCUCACCAAAAGAAGUCAUAUACAAGUCUUACCACCAUUCAUUUCUGAUUUUGCUGGGUCUUCGGGGUUUUCAACCAUAUGUGCCUAUGAGAGCCCUACGCCAGUUAGGUCGAAAACAGGUAGUGCCCAUAGUGAAGCACAUGCAAAGAUUCACGUGGGAGGUAACAUCAGAAGAUCAUGUUCGUGAGGCAUAUGCUCAGCAGGUUUGGGAUGAAAUUAAGGUGCUUGAAUUUCACAUUAUGGUAGAAGAUCAGGAUCGAGGAGAGUUAGACCCGGCAUAUUUCGAGUGGUUCUGUGACCAAGAUGAUUUUGGAUCUAGGAAGGAGACAGUUCUGAAGAGCAUGACGGAAUGGGAGACUGAAAUCAGAACAAGAGUAGGGCAGGUUAAGGAAGAAAUAACAAGAGACUGUGAAUCCAUCAUCCGGGCUCUACGUAGGGAUAUAAGUAUCACCAAUGUGAAUAGGGAUUUGCAGUGCUUUGAGUUUAAAGAGGAGAAAAUCAGAUUGACAUAUGAAGUUCAAAUGCUCAAGCACAACUUCAGCAAGCGAUAAUAAGGGCUGCUGCUCAGCAGCAUACAACCAUUCCAAAGCACGAAGAAAUGCAUUACAGCCUUAUCAUCCAUGAUCUAAGGGCUCGGGCCAGGGCAGCAGAAUCAGGUAAGAACCAGAUAGAGAAUGAGCUAGAAAAGGUCCAGAACCAGUUGAAUCUAGCGUUACAACGUGAGGCGGAUAUAUCUGACAUAGCCAAUAACCAUGAGCGACAGAUCCAAUUUUUAAGUCAUAGCCAGGAGCAUGUUACUUGUCAAGGUUUGACUCAAGAGCAAUUUGCUAUGCAUGCGCCCAACUUCGCACGCCACAUUGCCACAGACCUGAAGCGCAUAUACCGUGAUAUGGGAGGUCAACCGCAGGAAUAAGCACCUUGACUACAAUGAUGCUGCUGGAGUCUCCUACAAAGAUCAGAGUCUUCUUUUAGCUGGCAGUCCACUUUGAUUGUUCAUUUGUAGUCAUCGAGUCUGUAAGAGUCUUUUGGUAUUUUGAGUUUUUUUGUUUUGCCUUUUAUUUUUAUUUUAUUUAAAAAAGAGGUCUAUUUAAGUCGACUUCGGACUUAUUUAAAUCUUGUCCUUUUAGGUUGUAUCUUUAUGU